CUUUGUUUUUGUAGUUUUGUUUUUGGGAGCUGGGAUAGUCCAACGUCAGACUCACACGUGGAAUGUCUACUUCCUACUCGCUGUAAAGUAAUAACUGUUAGAAUCAGCGUAAGGAAGUACUACAAAACUCCGAUAUUGCAGCAUUUUUCUGCUCCCAGUUGAGAAGGACUAUGAAGUAAGAGGCGGGUCUCACUGGGAGAAAACUGCUGCAAGGAGCCACAAACUGCACAACAAAACAAUUCUUCUUCAACUCAGACAGUAAUUAUGAGAUGCCUCUUUUACCCGGACAAAAGGAGAGUUUUGAGAGAAUGUAAGCCCAGCUUCAGGCUUGCCUACAUUUUCUUGUAUAACCUGUUCCAAUUCUGUGGGCAUACAUGGGUACUGGCUAAUACCAUAGCCAGGUUUCUCACAUUUGGUCACGAUGCCUUAGCAGACACAUUUUACUCGGUUGGCUUUGUGAUGAGUCUGUGCCAGCUGCUCUCCAUCCUGGAGCUUUUCCAUAUUGCAGAUGGGAUCGAGAAAGCCAGACUCCUCCCUCGCUUCGUCCAAGUUAUGGAGAAGAACAUCAUGCUCAUCAUGAUUAUCAUGCUGGAGGAGAUCCAGAGUAAACCAGUCGUGUGUGCACAGUUUUUCUUGUGGAACAUUAUGGACAUUAUACGGUAUCCACAUGAGCUGCUGUGUGUUAUGGAUAGACCCUCCAUCACCAUGCUGUGGAUACGCUACACACUCUGGAUCCCCUUGUACAUUCUGUCAGUGGCCAACGAAGGUGUCACUAUAUACCAGGCCCUGCCUUAUGUUGAGCGUAGAGCACCAAAAUCAUCCCCUUUGAAUUCUACGGUGUCAACACACAUUAACCUCCCCUUCGUCCUGAUGGUCUACCUGCCUUUUCUGACUCUUGGAGCCUCUGUUACAGUCUGGCUACUGCUGAAGGAGAGACAUCACCACCUGGAGAAAUGGAAGAAGAAGAUGAAAAGGAUAUGACACUUUAUGAGCGAGUGUUUGGAUGGGCUUCAGGAAAUUCCUCUGAAGUUUAUUUUAUUGGAAAGGACAAUGGGUGCUGUUACUUUUUAUUUAAUCCAGCAAGUUUUAUGUCAUCAAGACAGAGGACAUUCUUCUUCACGUUUUUAUACGUGAUUGAAGUAGAACUACAACGGCAGUUUGUGUUUAAGAUCAUAAACGCACAGAGUCCAUGUUGCUGUGGUGAGCCUCACGCAUUCAGAGCCAUCACUGCAUCCGUGUCCAGCAGUUAGAGGCAGGACAGGAGCAGCUUGUUAAAGCUUCAGCUAUGUCUUUGUGAGGAACCGCUGUAUGCGUUGCCACGGUCACCGUCUGUCAUGGCUCCUCUGGGCUACCAUCCGUAUGCUCUGGUCCACACAGCUUUCUUCUUGAACUCAGCGGAGGACUUCAGGGACAACAGGGCGGCUGAAAAAAACCAACCAGUUUUCAUUUGUGCCAAGAAUGUUAUUUACCUUUAUGAAUGUAUAAUGUAAAUACAAAUACAGGCAUGCCCUGUGGAGUUUUCUUUUAA